CAUUCGCCAUGUUCUCCGCCAGGCAGAUAUUCGCACAGGUCCAGCGCCGCGGCUUCGCGGCGUCUGCCCGCCAGUCGUCCAAGGUCACCGUCCUCGGCGCUGCCGGUGGCAUUGGCCAGCCGCUGUCGCUCCUCCUCAAGCUCAACCCCAGGGUCAGCCAGCUUGCUCUCUACGACAUCCGCCUUGCGCCCGGUGUCGCUGCCGACAUUGGCCACAUCAACACCAAGAGCGAGGUCCGCGGAUACGAUGCCACUCCCUCCGGCCUCGCCGAGGCCCUCAAGGGUGCUGAGAUCGUUCUCAUCCCCGCUGGUGUUCCCCGCAAGCCCGGCAUGACCCGUGACGACCUGUUCAACACCAAUGCCUCCAUCGUCCGCGACCUCGCCAAGGCCGCCGCCGACCACGCCCCCGAGGCCAACAUCCUCAUCAUCUCGAACCCGGUCAACUCCACCGUUCCCAUCACCGCCGAGGUCUUCAAGUCCAAGGGCGUCUACAACCCCAAGCGCCUCUUCGGUGUCACCACCCUCGACGUCGUCCGCGCCUCCCGCUUCAUCUCCCAGGUCAAGAGCACCGACCCUGCCAACGAGAACAUUACCGUCGUCGGCGGCCACUCUGGUGCCACCAUCGUCCCCCUGCUCUCCCAGUCCGGCUACAACCUCACCGGCGAGCAGCUCGACCAGUACGUCCACCGCGUCCAGUUCGGCGGUGACGAGGUUGUCCAGGCCAAGGACGGAGCCGGUUCUGCCACCCUCUCUAUGGCAAUGGCCGGUGCCCGCUUCGCCGAGUCCCUCCUCAAGGCCGCCCAGGGCCAGAAGAACGUCAUCGAGCCCACCUUUGUCGACUCGCCCCUCUACAAGGACCAGGGCGUCGAGUACUUUGCCUCCAACGUCGAGCUCGGCCCCAACGGUGUCGAGAAGAUCCACCCCGUCGGCAAGAUCACCGACCACGAGCAGAAGCUCCUCGACGUCUGCCUCAAGGACCUUGCUGGCAACAUCAACAAGGGCAUCAAGUUCGUCAAGGAGAACCCUUAAGCUCAACAAGCACGCGCGUGUGUACAGUAGUAAUGAGUACGUGGAGAGGCAGAGGGCAGAGCAUUUCCCGUCAGCGCUUGUAUUAUGGGACCCCGCAACUGGCGCUGAAACGGACUGGGCUGGGAUUCGGAUCUGCGUGGCGCACGAGCGGUCACGAUUGUAGAUUUUUGAUUGUAACCUAGCACAAAAUACUCCCUCUUUCCUCCAUCUUCGCACCCGCCGAUCUGUCCACAGACCUCCUCCUCAUCUGUGCUAAUCAACAACGAUGAUCUCGGGACCGCCUAAUGCGCUCCAACGUGCCCUUGCCCGGGGUCCGUUCUCGUUGCUGAACCAACAUGGCGCGAUCUUCAUGUCUUCCACAGCUCAACUCUUCCAAAUUCGCCCUGGUGGAUCUGCACUUGCUCGACACUGGUCUUUUGCCGUGACGUAGCUCCAAGCACAGCAGACACGAAAAUAGAAU